AUGGCACAGAAAGUCGUUGAACGGAAUGUGACUCAAUACGAUGAUAUUCCAUCUGCACGAAGUAGUCAUACAUUGACAGCAAUUGAUAAUUAUUUGUAUCUAUUUGGUGGUGAACAUGAUCCACGCAUACCAAUUGAUAAUGAUGUCUGGCAAUUUAAUACAGAUGAUAAUCAUUGGAAACGCUUAUUAGUGAAUCGAGGUGAACGACCAGCUCCGAGACUUGGCCAUGCAGCAGCUGCUGUGGCACAUAAGUUAUUUAUUUUCGGUGGUCGAACGUCAGUGGGUAUGAAAGAUAGUACUUUAGAUGAUUUAUAUUCAUUUGAUACUGAUACUAAUGAAUGGACGCAACAUGAAAAAGCAUCAGAUGCUGAAUACUGGCCAGAAAAACGUAGUUAUCAUUCAAUGGUUAGUGGAGCUGAUCAAGUAUUUGUUUUUGGUGGUUGUGGUGAAGUAGAUCGUCUAAAUAGUCUAUGGCAAUUUGAUACUUGUAAUAAACAAUGGAGACAAUUACCUUCACCUGAUUCUCAACAGCUUGCAGGACGUGGCGGAUGUGCACUCGUUUAUCUUAAUAAUGCAUUGUGGGUUUAUGGAGGUUUUUGUGGUCACGAAUUAGAUGAUAUUGCUCGUUUUGAUUUAUCAACACAAACAUGGACAUAUUUAGCACAUGCGAAAAUUUCACCUCGUAGUGUUUUUGCUUUUGGUUGUUUGAAUGGUGUACUUCUUGGACAUGGUGGUGAACAAGAUCCAUCUAAAUUAGGUCAUGCUGGUGCUGGUGAAUUUGCUGAUGAUGUUAUAGUCAUUCAACCAGUAAACGAAAAUAGUGAUCAUGUAGAAACAAAACGACUUGAAUUUGUAAAACCCAUUGGUGGAAAACGUGGUUGGCAUGCUGGGGCAACAAUAAAAAAUACAUUUUAUGUUUUCGGUGGAAAUACAUCCGAAAAUGAACGUGACAAUUCAUUACUUGCUAUUGAAUUUCAAUAA